AUGGCGGCAGAUGGGCGGUCAAGGAUGUGUUUCUCACUGUGGGAUGCCGUCUGGCUCUAUCCUUUGAAGGGCAUCUUCUAUUUCCUCCUCCACCCCUACCUCUACCCUCUAUUCAAGGCGCGACUGAUUCCCAUCGUGCUUUUGUCUGCAUUCAUCUACGCCAACCUUUUCCUCUGGACAUUUCUCCCACAAGUCGCGUUCCUCGCCAUCUUUCACGGAGCAGCAGCAUGGGUGAAUGCAACCUUUCUCGUGCUCGGUGAAGGUGCCGCGAUUGUUGCUCUUCUCUUCGAGGCUUUCUUCGUUGACGAGACUUUGGUGGAUACCUUUGAUGCCGUCCUUAUUGACCAAGGGCUGGCGGAUCUUGUCAAUGAUGGUCGUACACUUCAUCCUAUUGCGCAGAACUCUGUGCAAAUGCUUGGGAAGCCAACAUCGUCCGCGAUUUAUGCUCCGUUCAGUUUCCGCCAAAUCGCCGAGUUCAUCAUUCUUCUCCCUGUCAACCUGGUUCCAUUUGUUGGCGUUCCAAUCUUCCUCCUCUUAACUGGAUAUCGAGCCGGCCCAUUCCACCACUGGAGGUACUUUAAGCUACGGGGGUUUUCCAAGAAAGAAAGACAAGAAUACAUCAGGAACCGUCAGCUCAAAUACACGUGGUUCGGCGUGGUGACGCUGGUGUUGCAGCUUGUCCCCGUGCUCAGCAUGUUCUUCCUGCUUACUUCUGCAGCCGGGAGUGCGUUAUGGGCAGCCAAAAUGGAAAAGGCACGUCGAUCUAGAGAAGCCGCCAUCACAGCCAACCCCGAGCCCUAUCAAGAUAAUGUAGCAUGA